AUGGCCAAGCUCCAGAUCAAGGCUAUGACCAUGAUCACAGAUGCACUCACCAAGCCUGGCAACAAUUCCACCAAACACUGGUCACUGGCACAAGAGAUAGAGGACAAAAUCUACAGGGCCUACAAUUGUCCAGGACACAAGCCAGUCAACAAGCACCACCAACUAUGUCUGUGGCAUUAUCUGGCACAAGUGCACAGCAUGCACACCAACCUCAUUGAUGCCAAGGGUCACAACCCUCAGCUGCACAAAUCCAUGCUCAUCAGCAUCAUGUCACUGGAGCAGUUGGCCACCAUGAGGCACACAGACAUGUUCCCCUCACUGCACACACGAACACUCAAGCCCAAGGAGGUGGCCAAGCCCAAGUGCAGCCACGGCAUGUUCCAAUGCAACAAGCGCGACUGCCACAGCUGGUUCACCACCUACUACCAGCUCCAAACGCGCAGCGCCAACAAACCCCUCACCACAUUCAUGCAAUGCACUCAGUGCAAUAACCAAUACAGGUUCUGA